AAUAUAGCUGUUACAUUUUGAAGUAAUACAAACAGAUUAUAUUUUAGAGACUUUGCGAUUUAUGACCUGAGUAGGCUAUCUCUAGACUUGACUUUGGCCCCAGUGCAUUGUCUCUUGAAGUUUAUUUUUGGUGGCCUAUUACUUGUGCGGCUAUAACUUGUUGUGUUCCUAUAAUCACAAAAUUAAAAUAAAAACACAAUUGUCAGCGCCAACAAAAGCUGAGGUCUUCAUCACUUGCAUUCCUGAACAUGAUCUGAAUUCCCGGCAUUUUUUUCUUCUUCUUUUUUCCUCAGGAGUAUACUUUAGCGACGGUCCCUGACUAAUUGUCGCACAGUCAGGUGUCCUGAGGCAACUUCAACUUCUCCGUUGACGAUUCUGGUAUUAAUGAGCUCGUAUAGCUCUUUUGUUUCAUUUCCGGAAUUUGGGGACUUUUACCUGUUUCUAAACUGUUACAUUUCGGUUGUGAUUGAAACCAUUAGUAAUGAUAUAACUAAUAAAGUAACGUUAGCAGACGUUACUUCUCGGAGGCUCGCUGCACCUUUGCGCCAAUCCUUUCCCUCCGAAAUGAAAAGGAACGGCGCGUACAGGUUUUUGUCAGUCUUCUCAUGCUUAAUCGUUUGCGUGUUCUUGUUUUUGUUCUGGUUCUUUAUAUUUUACUCAAUGAUGCUCGCACCGUAAAGCGUAAAGAUACUAUACAUUAGCAGCAGCUAGGCUAAACAGACCGGGCUGACUACUUACCCAGAAUGCGUUGCUUUAUUGACAUGUCCCGCGAUCACAUGAUCAACUUCACCAGGAAGUAAGGAUAUCUGCUUGUAUAACUUGGCUGUGCUGCCUGUUAGUGAAGUUGUGAUGGCAUCUGACACCAGUGAAGCAGGGUCCUCCGCUGCAGACCUCAAGCUGCAGUUUGCUCCGUUCAGCAGUGCCCUGGAGGCAGGCUUCUGGCACCAGCUUACCCAGAAGAAACUCAAUGACUACAGGUUGGAUGAGAGUCCCAAGUGUAUCAAAGGAUACUACUACAAUGGUGAUCCAGUUGGUUUGCCUACCCGCCUGACUUUGGAGUUCAGUGCAUUUGAUGUAGACGGUCAGACCCCGGCCCGUUGCUGUCCAGCUAUUGGAACGCUGUAUAACACCAACACACUAGAUGCCUUUAAGACCAUCGAUAAGAAGGCUCUGCUGGAGAAAGAGGCCAAGGAGAUAUGGGAUGCCAUACAAUCUGGGGCUGCUUUGAAGGACCAAUCCAUCCUGUGCAGAUUCAUUCUGCUGACCUUUGCAGAUUUAAAGAAGUACCAUUUCUACUACUGGUUCUGCUUCCCUGCGCUCUGCUUCCCAGAGGGAAUAAAGAUUGUCCAACAGCCUUCUGUCCUAGAGCAAGUUUUUUCAGCAAAACAGAUCGCAGCCUUGCAGGAGGUCUAUGAUGGCCUGUGUAGCAAAGGAGGGACCACUGCACUUCCUUACUUCCUAAUGAAGUACACAGAUGACACUGUUCAGAUGGCUCCAUUAGAGGACUGGGAUGCAUUCUUCACUGAUACUAAGAAGGUUACUGUGGGCGUCUAUGAUCCGUGCACUCUGUCUCAACAUCCGGGCUGGCCUUUGAGAAAUCUACUGGUCCUCUUAGCUUACAAAUGGGGCUCUAAGCUGGACACAGUGGAGGUGCUGUGUUUCAGGGACAGAACUCUGCAGGGAAGUCGCUCCAUUCAGCACAGUGUUGUCUUUCAGGUCAAACUACCUGAACUUCCCCUCAACUCAGCUUGUCCUAAGAGUGUAGGUUGGGAGAAGAACCCCAAGGGGGCCAUGGGACCCAGGAUGGUCAACCUCAGUGAAUGCAUGGACCCUAAAAGGCUUGCAGAGUCAUCAGUGGACUUGAACCUGAAGCUAAUGCGAUGGAGGCUGGUUCCUUCCCUGGAUCUGGACAAGGUGGUCAACACAAAGUGUCUUCUGCUUGGAGCUGGGACUCUGGGCUGCAAUGUAGCCAGGACUCUUAUGGGAUGGGGAGUGAGACACAUCACAUUUGUAGACAACGCGAAGAUCUCAUACUCCAAUCCAGUUCGACAGCCUCUCUAUGAGUUUGAAGACUGUCUUGCUGGAGGAAAGUCCAAAGCCAUAGCAGCUGUUGACCGACUCACCAAAAUCUUUCCUGGUGUGAAUGCAGAGGGUUACAAUAUGAGCAUCCCCAUGCCCGGCCACCCGGUGAAUUUCUCUCAAGCCACUCUUUCCCAGGCCCAGAGGGAUGUCGAGCAGCUGGAGAAGCUCAUCUCAGAACAUGAUGUGGUCUUCUUACUAAUGGAUACGAGGGAGAGCCGCUGGCUGCCUACAGUGAUAGCUGCCAGCAAGAGGAAGCUGGUGGUGAAUGCUGCUCUGGGCUUUGACACAUUCGUGGUGAUGCGCCACGGCCUGAAGAAACCCCCCGUCAGUCAGAAUGUUCCUGCAGGGGCAGACUCCUCCCCUUCCUGUUCCUCUGCUUCCUCUUCGUCCUCCACACCCGCCGGCUCUGGGCCCUCUGUCCCAGGAUCCUCUCUGUUCUCCAACAUCCCAGGGCACAAGCUGGGAUGCUACUUCUGCAAUGAUGUUGUGGCACCAGGAGAUUCAACCAGGGAUCGGACUUUGGAUCAGCAGUGCACGGUCAGCAGACCGGGUUUGGCCAUGAUUGCUGGAGCCCUGGCUGUUGAGAUGAUGGUGUCCAUUCUGCAGCACACUGAAGGAGGCUAUGCAGUGGCCAGCAGCAGUGAUGACAGAAUGAAUGAACCUCCCACCUCCCUGGGUCUAGUGCCACAUCAGAUCCGAGGCUUCCUCUCGAGGUUUGACAACGUCCUGCCUGCCAGCCUGGCCUUUGACAAAUGCACUGCCUGCUCACCCAUUGUCCUGGACCACUAUGAGAGGGAAGGUUUCAACUUCCUGUCCAAGGUUUUUAAUUCUUCCCACUCAUUCCUGGAAGACCUGACAGGGCUGACAUUGUUGCACCAGGAGACACAGGCUGCAGAGAUUUGGGAUAUGAGCGACGACGAGAGCAUCUGAAGGACUGGAGGAACAAAUCUUCUGAAGUUUUGGACACCAAUCCAUGUUUCUGUUUCUUUUUGUUUGUUUGUUUUCUUAAUCCAGGAAUCUCACAUGUAUACGGGACAAGCCUCUUAUCAAGCACAUUGAUAAAAAUCCAUGAAGACAAGCACAUUACGAAAACUUCAGGAAAGUAGCUAAAAAGCUUUAAAAUUCCUGUUAAAUGUUAUAGAGCCACAUCUUCAUCCAUCAAGGAGUCUGACCUUCAGAACUGAGCAGUAAUGUGGUAAAAAUAAUAAACAGUAAGAAAGAAGGAGAUUGAUUUUACUGCUAAAGUAUUCAGUGAAUGUUUUUACGGUUGCAGUAGAAACAGGAUCAGAGCUUGACGGAGAGAAAUUCACUUUCACCGUAUGUAUGAGGCCGUUGUAUUUAAUAAGACAUAAGUACCUGUUUCUAUCACUUGACGAUUGUUAAUCAGUCAUAUUAACUCGAGAUUUACACUCACUGUUAGGCGGCACUUAAAUUUCCUGAGCGAAAAAACAACAAAAUACUUUUUUUUUUGGUCUCAAAAGCUUAAAAAGCUUCAUUGGACGGUCACAGGUUCCCUCCCACAGUCUCUCCAUCAUCACAUUUAAUGGGUUUGCUGAAGAGUCCUCUGGCAAGACACUGGCAUACUACAUCUGCUCACUCAUUCAGCUUGGAAAAUAGCUUCAGAUAAAUGACGAAAAUACAAAAACACAGUAGACAACUCAGCAAAUCCAUCCAUCCGUGUGUCUGUUUACUGGAGACGUCAAUACAUACAGUUAAUAUGAAAACCUGCUUUGUUUCUUUGCAAGUAUUCAGAGGAAACCUGCACACAGAUGUUCAGACGUACAGUCGCUAAACUGCGGCUUCAGAGAUGAAGAUAGUGAAGAGUUAAUGUAGAAAAACUGGAAGCUGCAACUGCAGUUUAAUCUUAAAGAGCCAAACAAAGGUUUUUCAUGGUAUGUGUGAGUGUAGAUGCAUGCGUGUGUUUGUGCAACUUAUGUUUCUCUUUUUUUUUUUACUUUUAUUUGUCUGAACUGCUAAUAUGUUCAAUAUUGUCAGUGUAACGAAAUGUAAGUCUCUACAGCCGCUUGGAUAUUUUGUGGAAGAGGAUUAGUGCAGUUUGAGAAAAAAAAAAGUUCUGAGAUUUAUUUCAGAAUUUGAGAUUUAAGUCAGAUUUUUGCCUCCAAAUUUAUUGCCAGAAUUGAGAUAAAACUCUGGAUUUUGACUGUUUUCAUAAUUCUGACUAUUCUCAGAGCUGCUUUGUUGCACUAAUUCUUUUCUCUUAAGUAUUUAACAAAACUGUAAUAAAAUGUCUCUUUAUUAUUUCUGUUUA